AUGAAGACUCAGAUCAAAACUUAUAUUACAAAGCAAAUUCAAGCCAUAGUAGACGCGGCGGGAAAGGCGACGUCUAGCAACGGCGUCGAUGUAUCCGGUGGGCAAGCGGCUCUACAGGGUGUUGCUGAGUUGGGUGGCAAUUUUAAAAAGUGGGUAACUGAGCUUACAAAACAGGCAGCACUGGAAGAUAUCCUGUUCUCGCUUCAAUAUAAUCUUAAAAAGCACAAUAACAAAGUACUUCCAACAGUCGACGAACAAAAUGUACUCGUAAAGGCUCUUUUCACCGACCUUGGCGGCAAGGUGGAUGAAGGGUUGCCGAAUGGAGGAAGAGGACCAUCGGAACAAAUAAACUUAAUGGAUACACUUGGGGAAUAUAGAGAUAAAAAGCAGACGCUUACCGGUGCAAUCACGACUAUAGGAUCUAACGUGACUCAAAACCUUGACGGAACUUGUAGUGAGAACAGCGGAAUAAUUGGUGACAAGAAUACCUUCCAACAACCCUUCUCCCAAAUCAAAGAACAACUCACAGCGAUCGCCGGCCUGGUCGACAGCGACCAAACAAAGCCGGACCCACCUACCAAAAAAACAGGCGUCAAAAACUACCUGACUGAUCUUGAGAAGAUGCUUACCGAGCAACCAAAUUAUCCCCUUACCACCCAGCUAGAUAAAACGUACACCGUCCAAGGCCUCGCGCUGAUCAAGACGGAUAUUGAGGCGCUGCAAAAGGACACUGUUCCCCAGCUGACCAGCAACCUAAAUUACCUGUGCAACUCCAUUAAACGUAUUGCCAACGAAAUCGUAGGGAAUUUGGAAGUGCUGAAAAAUGAAAAAAUUGGCGAUGAGCUUAACAAAAUUUAUGAUGAUCUCAGCAAGCUUCAUACCUGCAUCCAGACUGACGUCAUCACCUUGGCAGAUAAGUUCAUCGACAAAGAAGCCGACACACAAUGCCGUCUGACGAUCUCGCUGCUUCACACCUGCGUAGACGGACAGGUGGACUCCGCUAUCUGCGAACUCACAGCGCAGUCCCAGAAGAAUUACGUGUCCUCUGUACAGAGCCUGUUGAUAGCCUUCGCCGAGAAGGUUCAGGGGGAGUUACAACAUUUACCGACUGAGCUUGAAAGGGACCUGGAGACAGGCCACAAAGGAUUCAUGGCGAACUUGGAGAAGUAUUUCGUUAAGAAAGUUACAGGACUUCGAGACUUGUCUCCGACGUCCCCUCCAAUAACCACAUCCAAGGGCAGGAAAAUGUAUCCACUCGGUCAGGCCGUCAUGAAAUUGAGCACUGCAUUUAGGUCAUUCUACAGCAACCUGAAAUCGCAAGAGGAUUUCACUGCCGACUCCGGGCGUCUGCAAGAUCCGAAUGACGCCCUGCUCAAUUUGCUUAACAAACUCGUCACUUCGCAGCACUUCAACCAGACAUUUAGAGAUAAUGUAGAGUCACUCGAAAAAACAUUCACUACAUUUAGUCCUCAAAUAUAUGGCGAAGCAGAGAGCCCUUUGCUACUCAACGCUUUAAAGAAUGGUUUCACAUCCCUUGUCUCCGAACUCCAGAAAGCGUACGUCUCCACAUACUCCCAGCAGAAAAUUAGGUGGGAUAACAUCGAUGACACUGAGAGAGAAAAGUACGCUAAAAUCGCCUUGACACUUACGCCCACCGUAUAUGAAGCAUUAACACAGCUCAAGGAAGGGCUUGAGAAACACGAUGAGCUGUGGACAACUUAUAGCAUUUAUAAUUCCUCGAACACUGCUAAUGCCUUACAUAAAUUAUUCUUCCGUGAAAACGGUUACGAUAGUAAGCUUCCUGUAAACGUCGCGGCCGGCGAAUUAAAUCACAAAAAAGGUUUCACUGGUAAUAAUAUUCUUACACUUCUUGAUAGUGAUACAUGUGAAUUGUUUGAGAGUAGCAAACAGCCGCUUGACGACGACACUCUGAAUGUCGACUUGGUAGAAGUUGGUGUUCUCCAAAAACUAUUUGAUCACCUUCAUAAAUACUUCGACGUCCGUCACUUACAUCACAUCGACAAACCUAGGUCACCGUGUAGCAUCUAUGACAUGUCCCUAUGGCUGUCCGGCCUCCCGCAUAACCCUGUUUAUGAAAAACUUAAGCAGCAGAUUAAGACGAUGUUCGAAGUGCCAAGUGAGACAGAUCCUUCUCAGAAAAUCGUGAAGCCUAUGAACGCCCAUCCACAACAGUUUACACAUGAUGAAAUACAUUCUGCACUUAAAGAAGUUACAGCAAACGCGUACUCACUGCUGACUGGCGUCGUCGGGCAUGGCGAUGCAGCAACGUUUUAUGCGUGCGAGUUCCCUACCAACUCCCUCAGCCUGAAAUAUCCCAGUUCCGGCGCGGAGUGUCUUGAUAUGCUGCUUGAUAUCCUUCGACGGAUGUUCCCGGUGCUCACAUACUUACAUACUCAGUGUAGCCUACGUGAUAAGCACGGCGGCUGGCGUGACUGCUACUACGGCAAAGAUAUCAAGUCAACCAAAUGGUCCUGCAAAGACCAUGUUACCGACAAAGCUACGUGCCAACCAAAGUGCCAGGCAAACACCAAAGCAAGCUGCCAACCAACGUCUCCACUUAUGUCAUACUUAAACGAUAGCUUACAUGGUCACUUGCCUCAUGAUGUAACCUCUAUUGGUUGCAAGUCAUCUUGUUCCACGUGCUCUAAAAACCCACCAGGAAUGCCGUGUCUCCCUCCCCUCGGUUUCAGAGCAUUCUCGAACAGUACGCAUACAGGGAGAGACCUGUGCGAACUGCUAGAAGAAUUGGUCGGUAAAAGAGGAGUACUAACCAAACUCUAUGCGCCGCUUGCUUGCCUUCUCAACCGCCCACCGCAGUGGUUCCCUGACAUAUUUUCGUUUUACUGCCAACUCACCAAGGAAUGGAAGUGGAUGGACGAAGCUGAACACAAACGCCAUCCCAUUCAAAAUGCCAUUUCUGGCGCUAUCGAGAGAACAGUUGCCUGUGAUCAUAAUGUUGCAAGAGAGUUACUUGACUCGUGCCGCCAUUUGUCUAAAUGCGCAUCUCACACGUCUCAUGAUCUGAAUAAUAACCCCGACCUGACCCCUCUGGUCCCUCUCUUUGCUCUACCUGCUGCACAUCGCCGUCGUCCGCCUCGACGUGCUGAGGAUACGCUCCCACCUGAGAUCACCCUCAAGCCACCGCAUCGCCGCGCAGUCGCUGCUCGCCGCCGCACGCGUCAAGGCACUCGCCAACGUCAAGUACUUCUCACCGUAAUCGUGCCUUCACCUGUGAUCUGUGUAUCACCCACUCAACCACUCACUCAACCACUCAACCACCCACUCAACCACCCACCUACUCACCCACUCACAUACUCACUCACUCACUCAACCACUCAACCACUCACUCAACCACUCAACCACCCACUCAACCACCCACCUACUCACCCACUCACAUACUUCAUCACUACUACCACUCAAACACUCAACCACUUCAACCACUCAACCACAUAA